UUGCAGCGUUGCUCACUUGCUCAUGGCGUGAGGAACGAGCAAACUUUCUGUUUUCAGUAUCUAGUUUGAUCUUCCGCUGCUAACGUCGACAAUGCCGACCGGGCGCGGUGUUCCGCUGUGUCCGAACCGGUCUCCAGGAAGCCGCCAGCUCCGGGAGCAAGGAAGAGUCAUCGGCUAUCACAUUUUACCGUGUGAUGAACUUCACCGAGCUGAGUGGUGUCGGAGGAUCGGGAGGAAAGACCCCGGACAGGUUGAGCUCCGCGUGUGUUCCGAUCACUUCGACGGGGAUCGUGACUACUGUCGCGUAGGAAGUGUGCUUCAAGACGCCGGGCAGACCAUGAAGGAUGUCCGUCUGAAGCCCGAGGCGGUUCCAUCGCUUUGUUCGCCCCUCACCGGGAAGCCUCCCUUUUCCCUAGCCGAAGAUCCAGCGUCCAAACGUCAGCGAACUCUGGACGAUGAUCCGGUUGAGGAGAUGGACUGCUUCGUUGACCAGACUCCUCGUGAGCAGAUGCCUCGUGAGGGCAGGUGCCACUUCCGUCACCGAGCAUCGACAAGCGACGCAGCGCUUCAGGUGGACCCACCGACUGCACGCGACGCAGCAGUUCAGGUGGAGCCUGGGCUAACUCUGAGGCCGCCUGUCACGAAAGACAGAUCGACUAGAACAGACCCUAGGCUGGGAAAAAAGUCGUUUGGCACGCAGGUAAAUUUUUACGCGAAAGGUGUGACCAGCCACUGGGUCCAGACGGAAGGCUCGGAGCUGCCUCCUGGCAGCAGCAGUACUGCCAGCAGCAGCGGCCACAGCACCAGCAACCAUGCCACCAUCACCACAACCACUCCAGUGCCACCGCUUAACCCGGCCCUGGCACCCGCCAUGAGCCCCCACGCAAGUGAUUCAGAGGAGGAGGAGGAGGAGGAGGAGGAGGAGGAGGAGCGUUUAGGCCAGUGUCAAACAUAUCAGCAUUGCCUCGCACAGGUGUGGAAAGGGGAGCAAGGCAUGCUGCUGGAGGAGCUUCGUGACCAGCCCCUGGACCUUGCUGGGGACGGGAGGUGCGACUCCCCUGGCUACAGCGCCAAGUACCUCACUUACUCCCUUCACGUGCCCCUCGUGAACAAGAUCCUCCACUGUGAGCAGGUGCAGGUUGGAGGGCCUGGCAUCGCGAACGCGCUCGACAGGUCUGAGAAGAGUGAUCUGCACGAGCAGCUCUCCAAUAUCGGCGGCAAAGACAUCCCUGACAGCAAAGAAGUCAUCGCGGAAGCUAUUGCAUGUGGCGUGAAAGGCAGCCGCAAGAAGCUGCGUUCUGCUGCUUUUGAAGCAGUGGAGAAAGCAUUGUUUACAAUGUUCCUGGACACCAGAGCUGCAAAUGUUCCGCGCUUCAAGGAAUGCCACAACAUUGUCAGCAAAGUCAUUAACGGUGAGUGUCAGUCAGUGGACAAAAAAGAGGCUACAGCAUAG